ACCAGUGAAGAUGGACGCGUCAGUGUCUCCGUGUCGUUGUUUCAAGACGAGCUCGCCUCCACCGUCGAGCUCGCAGUGAAAGCGGCUGCAGACCGCGUCGUGUGCGCGAUUACUGAAGCUGUGAGCAGCAAAUUCACUGAAUUACAAGAGGACAUGUCUGCAGUGAAGAGAGAGAAUGAAACUCUGAAGCUGAGAUUGGAAAUAUCAGAGAGCGAGCUGAAAGCCGUGCGAGGGUGUAUAAACGCUGCACAUGCAGACAUUAAACAGCCUUUCAUAUUUCAAGAUCCCAUAGAGAGCCACGCUAUCCCUGAAUCUGAAGCACAGGAGGGGCCAAAGAUAGAAGCAGUUUACACACAAGAGGAGUCCUUUGAGCAGGAGUGGUGUGCAAGUCUAAUGCAGGUUACAGGACUGCCAUGUGUUAAAGAUGAAGACAUCCCUGAACAGGAAUGUGUUCCUUUUAAAGAGGAGUUCAUAGAGCAGGAAUGUGUCCCCAUCGCAGAGGAACAUCGUACUGAAAAUAAUGUCUGUACACUUGAGGAGAACACGAAGCUGGGAUCCAACCUGUGUGAUGAUUCUCCAUCUGAAUGUGAUCUGGGAUUUGGAGCUUCUAAAGUAGAUGAAGGAGAACACGACUCCACUCCAUCACCCCAGUGCAAAAACUCUUCUAGAGGCAAACCACAGAGCAAGAAACACAGAGAAAUGACACCCCAAGAAGAGUAUGUGAAGACAUUGAGAACUCACUCAGUUAAAAUCCCUUCUUUACAAGACAGACACCCACUUACUGUGGAGAGUACAGAGACGACACAUUCUGCAUGUUUUAACAAUUCUGAAACCCAGGGCAGCUUGAAGACCUUGCUUCAUUCUGUUAAAGGUGGGAAGAGUUCCUGUCAAUUAGACGCUCCUGAAACUCACAAGGGAAACCCCACAGGAGGAACUACCUUUUCCUGGGCUGAUUGUGGGAAGAGUUUCAAUCAUAUAUCACUGCUUAAAAGACACCAGCGCAUUCACACAGGAGAGAAACCUUCCCACAUACAGUCCAGUGAUAAUAGUUUCAAACAGUUAGGAAAUCUUCAUUCACACCAGCGCAUUAUCACAGGAGAGAAACCUUAUCACUGCACUGAGUGUGGGAAGAGAUUCAGCCAGUUAGGAUACCUUAAAAAACACAAAGCGAUUCACACAGGAGAGAAACCUUAUCACUGCACUGAGUGUGGGAAGAGAUUCAGUCACAUAGGAAACCUUAAAAAACACAAAGCCAUUCACACAGGCGAGAAACCUCAUCACUGUGAUGUUUGUGGGAAGAGAUUCAGCCAAUCUGGAGACCUUAAAAGACACCAUCAAAUUCACACAGGAGAGAAACCUUAUCACUGUGCUGUUUGUGGGAAGAGAUUCAGCCUGUUUGGAAACCUUAAAGGACACCAUAAAAUUCACACAGGAGAGAAACCUCAUCACUGCACUGAGUGUGGGAAGACAUUCAGUCACAUAGGAACCCUUAAAAAACACAAAGCCAUUCACACAGGAGAGAAACCUCAUCACUGUGAUGUUUGUGGGAAGAGAUUCAGCCAGUUAGGAGACCUUAAAAGACACCAUAAAAUUCACACAGGUGUGUAAUCCUCUCCCUGCACUUAGUGUGGAGAAGUUAAGUCAGUUACAGGCUCUUACAGGACUCAAGAACAUUCUCAGAAUUGUAGACCCCUAAACAACAGGAAGAUAUUUGACUAAAUACAGAAAUGUUUACUGAAUACAAAAGAUUAAACCUGCUUGAUAAACAGGGUCACCCCUAAUCACAAUCUGUUCAGAUCAAAAGCUCAGAGACUCAAAUAUGAACAAGUACAUCUUGUAUUGAUCAUCUUGUUGAGCAUUCGGAUUGUGUUACCUCACAUUAGUAAUAUAUUAAAUAGAUUGUUAUUAUGAAUGCACGUUUCUCUUUCCUUUCUCAUGCGUUGCUCAGCCUCUUGCAGUGGGUUCUGUGGAACCUUCCCCGAUACCACGGUGAAUCUGCGGCACCUCAAGACACAGCACAGUGUACUGCAGUUAUCAUGCGGACAGCUUUCAGGCACCAGAGAGCUUUUAGGAAUGUAAUGUGCUGCAUACUAUUGUUUCUUAAUGAGGAUGUGUUUAAUACUGCCCUCUCUCUCUCUCUCUUUCUCUCUCUUGGGUACUCUAUUAACAAACGCAAGUUCUGUGUUUUUAAUAUCACUUUGUUGACUGACAACGAGACUACUAAAGCAAAUAAAAUCUAUAUUAACAAUGUUUUGCUGCCUGUAUUAAA